CGCCUGAUUCCAGAUGUAACACAGUCAGUAUAUAAAUCAGAAAAGCGGUAUCCAUCUGCAAAUAGAAAAACUCAUACAGGUGGCUGCAAGACUUACAGAACAUUACAAACAGUUUUCUUCUCACUCUUCAGAAUGAGGGUUUUACUCACUAUUGCCGCUCUGGUGGUCGUGGCCAGAGCAGCCAGCAUCUCUCUGGAGGAUCUGGAGUUCCACACCUGGAAGCUGAAGUUCGAUAAGAUCUACCACUCUGUGAAAGAAGAGUCUCAGCGUAAGAUGAUCUGGCUGAACAAUCGUAAGCAGGUCCUGCUGCACAACAUGCUGGCAGACCAGGGCAUCAAAACCUAUAGACUCGGCAUGACCUACUUUGCAGACAUGGACAACCAAGAAUACAGACAGAUACUUAAGGGCUGCCUGGGAACCUUCAACAGGACAAAGAUCCACAGUGCCACUACGUUUCUCCAACAGGCAGGGGGUGCUGUUCUGCCUGACACUGUAGACUGGAGAGAAAAGGGCUACGUUACCGAUGUAAAGGACCAGAAGUUCUGUGGAUCCUGCUGGGCCUUCAGUGCGACAGGGGCUCUAGAAGGUCAAAUGUUCCAGAAGACGGGUAAUCUGGUCUCCCUCAGUGAGCAGCAGCUGGUGGACUGCUCCUGGGCUUUUGGGAAUGAGGGCUGCAAUGGUGGCUGGAUGGACCAGGCUUUUGAGUAUGUUAAGGAGAAUGGAGGACUGGACACGGAGGAGUCAUACCCCUAUGAGGGCAUAGAUAAGGAGUGCAGGUUUAAUCCAGCCACUGUGGGAGCUACCUGCACUGCAUAUGUGGACAUCAACAAAGGAGAUGAGGAAGCCCUGCAGGAAGCCGUGGCCACUGUUGGACCUGUUUCUGUGGCCAUAGAUGCUGGAGAGUCCUCUUUCCAACUCUAUGAGUCAGGUGUGUAUGAUGAGCCUUCCUGCAGCAGCAGUGAACUGGAUCAUGGCGUCCUGGCUGUCGGUUAUGGCACUGAGAGUGGACAGGACUACUGGUUGGUCAAGAACAGCUGGGGUAUUGAGUGGGGUGAUAAAGGCUACAUCAAGAUGUCCAGGAACAAGAAUAAUCAGUGUGGUAUCGCUACAGCAGCCAGCUAUCCACUGAUCUAAAGAUGGGCGUGAGCCAACACCUCCAUGAAAAACUCAUAGCUUUUGAGUUCAUCUUCAUCAUCUGACAGUCUGAGAGUCUGAGAUUUUCCUCAGGAAUUACAUGCUGAUUAUGUUUACAGUAACUAUAAAAUAUGACCGCUGUAGCUGAAAUGAAUCUUUCACUACUUUAUUACUACUGAGUAAUAAGAAAACAUGAUGUGAGUGCAAAAAAUGAAUAUAAGUGUGGAAAUAAAAUGAAUGUUUACCAACAAAAA